AUGAUCCUUCAUACAAGCUCAGUCGUGCUGGCUGCGCUGUAUGCCGGCUCAAGCCUUGCAGCCGCCGACUCCCAAAGACCACUGCUAAAGGACUUUGACGCUCUGGGCGCUUGGUUUGAGGAAGUAGCCGCUAUCAAUGCCACUUCUGGCCUUCAAGAUGCCGAGCAAGCCAAGAACACCACCGUCGCCAUCAUCGGAGCGGGUAUCACGGGCCUAGCCACGGCCCUUAUGCUCGAUAGUGUUGGUGUGCACAACUGGGAGAUACUCGAGGCUAGUCACCAGAUCGGUGGACGCUUGCGGACUAUAUACGUCGGAAACACCCAAGAAUGGGCAGAAAUGGGCCCUAUGCGUCUUCCAUACAAGAUCAAGUACAAGAGUGACAAUGCGACCCUCGAGUACUCUGAUCAUGCCAUGACGUUCCAGCUCGCAGAUUGGCUCAAUGAGAUGAACGAGGACAGUCACACCGACCUGAACAUCAGCUUUAUCCCCUGGAUCCAACACUCGCCUAAUGAGUUGCUAGCGUUGGGCACUGGCAGACAUCCCGAUGGCAGCAUCCCUACUCGUGCCGAUAUUGCCGCAAAUUCGAGCCUUGGCAAGCCAGCACCAAUGAAUACACAGGAGUACAAGGACGUCAAAGCGAAGAUGAGCGAGAUUCUUCUUAACGAAGAAACACUCAGAGAGAUCCAAAGAGACGUAUGGAGAGUACACGGGCGCGCUAUGAAGAGAGGACUCGACGAUGUUAGUCAGCAAAGCAUGAUGCGCAAUGUUUGGAACGCGAGCGCCGAGGUAGCGGACGCCAUUCACGGUGCUACUGAUUACGACGUCUUCUGGGACGAGAUGCAUCACAACUCGAACUUGGCACAGGAUGGCAGCAAGGGCACCUUGGGCGAGACAGAGUGGCGAUGUGUCGAUGGCGGCUUUAGCCGCUUCUCUGAUGCUUUCCUACCACACGUCCAAGACCGCCUCGUCCUAAACCGUCAGGUCCGGGCGAUUGAGGCUGUCAAAGAUGGUCAGAACAUGGUCACAGGCACAAAGGUCUCUUGGGUCGACGUUGAUUCCAACAGAACCCAGACAAAGCCAGGCCCUCAACAGAGCAAAACUUACGACUAUACAAUGCUCGCAGUGCCUUUCACCAUGACGCGAAUGAUGCGCCUUCCGUCCUUCUCGCCCACGCUGUCGCGGGCGAUGGCUGAGCGUGGCCUCCGCUUUAAAGACGCCUGCAAAGUUGGAUUGCUCUUUAGCGAACGUUUCUGGGAGAAAGGUGACCGUCCCAUAUUUGGUGGUUACUCAACGCCUCCUGACGCAGCUGUUGGAGCUCUCUACUACCCAGUGUACGGACAUAACGAGUCGGGGCGCCCAGGUCUCAUUCUGCACUAUCGUGGAGGCGAUUGGAGCAGCCGUUUCGCCAGUCUCAGCGAGGAACAACACGUCAGUAUGGUCCUAGACGCUAUUGCUUCUUUACAUGGCGAGCAAGUUCGAGAGCUAUACACGGGCGUCUAUGAGCGUUUGUGCUGGCUGGACGAGCCAUUCAUCGCCACUGCUUGGACACGCCCGGAUGUGGCUCAGCAUGCGUUGUAUAUCCCGGCAUACCAUCAGACUGAGUCGAAUGUUAUUGUACUCGGUGAGCAUACGGCUCCCACACAUGCGUGGAUCAGCUCCUCUCUUUACUCUGCCGUUCGUGGUGCCGUUCAACUAUUGCUUGAGAUUGGUUUAGUCGAUGAAGCUAAGCAGCUGAACCAACGGUGGAUGGGACGAUGGAUUGAUAUGGAGUAG